AUGAAUCAAAAUGAAGUUGAUUCAUCUAAUACAAAUUCAACUACAAAUAAAAGAAGUAAUUUUCAAUUCACUUAUGAUUCAGAAAAUUUUUUACUUUCUUUAAUUUAUAAAUAUAAAGAAGAUAUUUUCACAAGGGGUAAUAGAAUCAAAACUUGGGAAAAAGUACUAAAUGAAUUCAAUUUGAAAUUUAAUUCUAACAUCAUACAAAGCAGAACUAUCAAUCAUAGAUUUCAAACAUUAAAGUCAAAUUUAAAAAAUAAAUUAAUUCAUGAAAGCCAUCCUAUACAUCAAAUUAAUUUAAAUGAAAAUGAAAGACUAGUACUUAAUAUUUUGGAAUAUAUGUACACAAAUAAUUUUUGUUCAACAAAUCCAUAUUAUUUAAAUUCAUCAUCGUCAUCAUCAUCAAAUGUUCAAGAGAACAAAGACCCAAUUAGUAGUGGAGAUAAUCAACAAGAUUAUUCUAGUGAAAAUUUAUCAGGUACUACUUCAAAUCAGAAUCAAUUUUCAAGAAUACCUACAAAUGAUCAACAAAAUCAAUAUGUAUUGCAUAAUUUGGACUCAGUGACUGAAGCUAAGCUACCCCAUAAUUUAUUUCAGCAUCAAGUCCACAAUCAUCAACAUCAACAGCACCAACAAGAACAGGAGCAUCACCACCAACAACAACAACAACAAUUUGUUGAAACUCCUCAAUUGACCACUCAACAAAUUGAAAAUUUUAAUUCAUCAAUAAAUCUUCCAAAUAAUAAUGACAAUUAUCAACAAGAUAUUUUUAAAACUCAAUUUUCUUUAGCUUCUCAAUUCAAUUCAAAUCAACAAUUACAUCAGGACGAGCCGAGGCAAAUAAGGUCAAGGCAUUUAUCAAUCUCAACUCCAACUUUCGAACAUCCAAGAUACGCGUCUUCUUCAUUAUCAUCAAACCAAUCUUUGCAGCAAAAUCAACAAAAUAGUAUGCAAAAUGAUCCAAUACUAGAAGGGCAAGCGAGACAAUAUCAACAACACGAUCAUUCAGAGAAACAAAGCAAAUCUCGAUUUAUACCUCAACAACUGCAACUGCAACAACUGCAACUGCAACUGCAACAACAAGUUCCACCACAAAAUGCAUUACAAUCAAUAUUAAAACAAAUGAUAAAUUUACAAAACCAAAACAAUUUACAAAUUGCGAAUUUAAAUCAGGAUUUACAAAGUUUUAAAACUGACAUUGUAAAUAAAAUUGAAAAUUUGACGAGCUUAAUAAAUAAUCAACAGUCAAUAAACAUUUCACAACAAGGAAGAUCAUCAUUAUCAUCAUCAAAGGGAGCUAGAUCGAAUGACGAUAUGACAAUUGAUAGGGAGUCUUUAAGUCAUCAAGAUACGAUAUCAAGUGAUUCUGGUUAA